AUGUCGACUUUGUUUGGGCAGAAAGAAAUGACAUUGUAUUUUGAGCAUGCUACAGGACAGUUUGAGGGGUUGAACUUAGACCACCGUACUGGGUUGGAGGGUGAAUCACAACAAGAUGAAAGUCAACAUGUAAGCGGGGUUUUGCUGGGUAGGCCUGAAGAAGAGGAUGAUGUGAAAUCACUGUUCUUGCAUGGAAAAAUGUAUUUUGAGCAUGCUACAAGACAGUUUGAUGGGUUUAACUUAGACCACCGUACUGGGUUGGAGGGUGAAUCACAGCAAGAUGAAAGUCAACAUGUAAGCGGGGUUUUGCUAGGUAGGCCAGAAGAAGAGGAUGAUGUGAAGUCACUGUUCUUGCAUGGAAAAAUGUAUUUUGAGCAUGUUACAGGACAGUUUGGGGGGUUGUACUUCAACCACCGUACUGGGUUGGCGCCUGAAGAAGAAGAUAAUCAUGCUACAAGACAGUUUGAUGGGUUUAACUUAGACCACCAUACUGGGUUGGAGGGUGAAUCACAGCAAGAUGAAAGUCAACAUGUAAGCGGGGUUUUGCUAGGUAGGAAUGAAGAAGAGGAUGAUGUGAAGUCACUGUUCUUGCAUGGAAAAAUGUAUUUUGAGCAUGCUAUAGGACAGUUUGGGGGGUUGUACUUAAACCACCGUACUGGGUUGGCACCUGAAGAAGAAGAUAAUGUGAAAUCACUGUUCUUGCAUGGAAAAUUGAUACGAAAUAUGACAACUUUCAUUUUGCAGAAAGAAAUGAAGUUGCACGCUGCAGGACAGUUUGGGGGGUUCAACUUAGACCACCGUACUGGGUUAGAGGGUGAAUCACAGCAAGAUGAAAGUCAACAUGUCAGCGGGGUUUUGCUUUGUACGCCUAAAGAAGAGGAUGAUGUGAAAUCACUGUUCUUGCAUGGAAAAAAGUAUUUUGAGCCUGCUACAGGACAGUUUGUGGGGUUGUACUUAGACCAUCGUACUGGGUUGGAGGGUGAAUCAGGGCAAGAUGAAAGUACAAAUGUAAGCGGGGUUCCUGAGGACAUGGAUUUGAGUGACAAUGGAGAUGGAGGAGAGGUUAAUACUAUGGAUGAAGGAGGUGAUGAUACUGAGGAUGAAGGCUCAAGUGGUGAUGAAUUUGGUUUCAAUGGUGGAGGUGAUGGAGGUGACUCCUCCUCCGACGGUGGUCCUAUGUGA